AUGGAAACAAAUGACAUACUAAAGAAUGAUGGGUGUCAUAGGUAUACAGUUGAUAUCCUGUAUGGGCCGACCAAAGUUUGCGAGGUUCUGAAGCACCGAACGACAAGAGUCGAACACAUCAAAGAGAAACUGGAAAGACUUGGAUUCAUCGUGAAUCUUAGACGGAUUAUGGACUAUGAAAUGGUAAUAUUCGCGUUCGAAGGCUAUACAGUUUUCUCAUGUCGGGCAACUAACCUAUCAGUUUUGGGUUGUUCCAGCAAUGACUUUACGGCGUACAAGUUGAUCAGAUUGAUGUUGGCCGAACGUGAUCACGCCGAGGGAAAUCAUUGUGAAAUACAAAAACGUUAA